CUGGGUUCGAUUGUGUGCAACAUGAACUGUGCUGGCUGUCAGGCAGCAUAACCUACACAUCCACGAGUUUUCCCACCUGUAUGUAUGCAUACACGGGAGCAUCAUAGUGGUGAAGCUGUGUUUACAUUCUGCUACCGCGUUUAUGUACAAAUUAGGGCAGAUUCAGGCUGACACGAAAGUGGUAGUGUGCAAUUUUGACAGCUUGGCUGGUCGCCCAUCGCCUCACCACGGUUGGCCAUGAAAGUGACAACAAACCAACAUAGAAUCUGAUAGCGUUUUCGGUGUAGUGCAAUGUCAAUAACAAAAAUACCAUGAGACCUUCGAGAAAAUACAUUAUACGUCUCCAUUGUAGUGCUCAUUCCUUCUGGAUUCAGCCUUUCAAUAUUGAUUUUGUCCGAGAACUCUUGGUGCAGAAAUGAGGGUGUAGGUCACCUCGACCAGUUUCGUGUGAGACUGGCACAUUAACGCAGUAGACUCGUAGCGAGCCGAACCAGUUCCAAAGCGCACAGCUUCAGGAUGAUGUUAUCAUUCUACAGAUAUUUUGAUAACGUCUAAGCGCGUUCUGCGACCUGAGACUCCCCUCUCUUGUGGAGGUUUAUACUGAUUCACGCGUAGUACAAUUCGAGCAAGUAUGAGCCAGAAGUCAUCAAAUUCCGCAACCGGGGGCGGAAACAGUGCUAAACAAGCUCCGGUAUCGGUAGCUUCCACGGCAUCCACGACCAGCACAACAACGACCGCAACCAGCGUGGUUACAAGUGGAAAGGUAGUUGCUCCAAAAUCAAAUGCAGUUGAUCGCACACCCAGCAAGGAAAGAUAUAAAACGUCGUCCACGGUUCGAGCGUUGAAUUUUGAUGAUCCUGAAUUUGAUAAGGACAAUUCUAGUGGUUUGAUGAGUAGUAACGAGAAGAAGAAUGAUUCUAAGGCGAAAAAAAUCGUAGAACAGAAAGCGGUUAUCGUUCCGCUUGAAGAGGAAGCUAAAGUGAAAAUCAUUCCAAAUGUAUCGUCAAAGCCGUCCACCGUGGAAAAAGACGAAAUCCAGCAGCAGUCCUUGGUCGUACCAAACGCACCGGUCGCGUCAUCGACACCCUCAAAAACAAUUACUAGUCCUGCAGUCGUUUCUGCUUCGAAACCGCCCCACAGUAGCAAUCCGAAACAGGUCCUCGAAACAGACGCGAAAGCACACGGAAGUCCUUCAAAAGGAAAUUUGAAAAAGAUACAGUCGGUAAAAAGCGAAGAACCACCCAAACCGGCGGCUCUUCUGCUAAAGUCAUCUUCUGUUCCUGGCCCUGGUCCUGUGGUGGCAGCAAAAACCACUAACAAACCAAUAUCUGUUCCAAUGACGCUACCAACGUCCCACCCGAUAAGUCAACUGGCCGCAGCUCCCGUGAUAACCACUGCAGCAGCAUCACCGACGGCAACGUGUGCUCCACCAGCAUCCGUGGUUUUGCGUCCAUCAUCCUGUUCCAGCUUGCAAAAAUCCGCUUCCUAUCGAAAAUCGUCGUAUAAACCGCAGCACUCCCAUUCGCUGAGAUAUUCCGGCAGUGGUAGCGAUAUUUCCAACUUAGUCCGUGUUCGCAACUCAACGCUAGGUAAUUCAGCACCGACCCUCUCGAUCACCUCCAAGGAGGGUGGCUUCGGUCAACGUCGAUCAACAUCGUCUUCGGCUGCUCGCAGUGGAGCCGUCGCACGCCAUAGACUGAGCUUCGUAGCUAACAUUUCGCCUCGAUCUCAUUCACCUAUCCCCGGAAGUCCAAUCGACAGCCCCCGGAUCAGUUCACCGAACAUCAUUCACUUUCCAUUCGUUCCGAUCAAACGGAUCACCAACAAGAAUAGUGACAGUCGUCGAUGGUCGGUGGCUUCCUUGCCAAGUUCCGGGUAUGUGACAACGCCCGGUAGUUCUAACAUCUCCUCGCAAUGCUCCAGUCAAGAGAAGCUGCAUCAAUUUCCAGCUGUACCAACGAAUGAUGAUCUGUAUAUGCUUUCACUGCAUUUCUCCAGUAACGAAAGUAAUCCGGGAAUGGAUGGACGAAAUAUGCAUCAAUAUCAAAACUUUCUUCAUCAUCAGCAUCACCAUGUGGCGCAUCAGAACAGUGCUAUGACCCCGCAUGUACUCCAGCAUCAGCACUCUCAGCAGCCACUUAGUCUUCAAUCUCAGCCUACCCAUUGUAACAGUCCCCAUUCAGUGAAAUCUACUGGCAGCUGCAAAGACGAAUUGAAUAACUUUUGUGGUUGUCGUUCCCCUGUUCACCGGCCACGAUCUCGCAGUUUGAGCAGCCCUUCGCACUCGCCGAUAACAGACAACGAAAUUUCGCUGAUGAACACCUUCUACAAGGAGCGGUUCCCGAAAGCCACCCAGCAGAUGGAGGAACGCCUGUCGCACUUUAUCAACGAGAACAAAAACAUCAUCAACGACAGCGCUCGCAUCUCGCAACCGAUCGUCCGGUUCGUGCAACAUCAGGUUCUGGAAAUGGCUCGUGACUGUCUGCAUAAAUCUCACGCCAAACUGAUCACGUCACGUUACUUCUACGAGAUGAACGAAAACCUCGAACGUCUGCUGAUGGAAACGAAGGAAAAGUCACCGGAAGCGGCUGCUGAGAUCACCGGUGUCGUGAAAAAGCUACUUCUAAUAAUAUCACGUCCUGCGCGGUUGCUGGAAUGUUUGGAAUUCGAUCCGGAAGAGUUCUACCGUUUGCUGGAAGUUGCCGAAGGGCAAGCUAAGGUGACGCAAGGGAUUAAGGCCGACAUCCCGCAGUAUAUCAUUCAGAAGUUGGGCUUAAACCGGGAUCCGAUGGCUGAGCUGCAUGAGGAAUUAAUUGAAUCGUGCUCGUUGAAUUCAUCUAUUAAUGAUUCUUCGGAUAAUAAUAAUUCGAUUUCACCAAAUCAGUCCUUCCUGGGUGAUAGAGAUGAGCUGAACCGAACCGGAUCGAUGACUUGUUCCACGCCUAAAGGAGCCGGUUCGUUGAACAGUAGUAGCAUCAGUAAUGUAAACACUAGCAGCCAGUUGAAUGCGAGCAAUAACAAUAAUAACAACAACAAUACUAUAAACAGUAGUGCUUCGGUGGUUGGAGGAACUAAGAGCUUCAAGACACGCACAACCAGUGCCGUUCCGAACGAGAAGGAUUACGACAUAUUGAAACUGAUUUCAAACGGAGCCUACGGUGCCGUUUAUCUAGUUAAGCACAAGCAAACGAGACAGCGAUUCGCGAUGAAAAAAAUUAACAAGAAUAGUUUGAUGUUAAGAAACCAGGUGGAGCAGGUGUUUGCGGAGAGGGAUAUUUUGAGUUUUGCGGAUAAUCCUUUCGUGGUUAGUAUGUACUGUUCAUUUGAGACGAAGAAACAUCUCUGUCUGGUGAUGGAGUACGUUGAAGGAGGAGAUUGUGCGACCCUGUUGAAGAGUCUUGGUCCAUUACCGUCGGAUAUGGCGCGGUUUUACUUUGCGGAAACUGUUUUGGCGGUGGAAUAUUUGCACAGUUAUGGUAUUGUUCAUCGAGAUUUGAAGCCGGAUAAUCUGUUGAUCACGGCCCUUGGGCACAUUAAACUGACAGAUUUCGGUCUAUCCAAGAUGGGUUUAAUGUCGCUGGCAACCAACCUGUACGAGGGAUAUCUGGACAGUGAAACGAGACAGUUUUCAGACAAGCAGGUGUUUGGCACUCCCGAGUACAUUGCGCCGGAGGUGAUUCUGAGACAAGGCUACGGAAAACCCGUCGAUUGGUGGUCUAUGGGAAUUAUUCUGUACGAAUUUUUGAUUGGUUGUGUACCGUUUUUCGGCGAAACUCCGGAGGAACUGUUUGCGCAUACGGUAAACGAUGACAUAGAGUGGCCGGAUAACGACGAUUGGCCUAUUCAGGAUGAAGCUAAAGAUCUGAUUACUGCCUUGCUGCAGCAAAACCCAAGGGACCGCCUGGGAACGGGAAGUGCACACGAGGUAAAAGAACACUUCUAUUUCCACGGGCUUGACUGGAACAAUCUGUUGAGGCAAAAGGCAGAAUUCGUUCCUCAACUGGAUAACGAUGAGGACACGAGCUAUUUCGAUACACGAGUUGAUCGGUACAACCACGACAUAUGCGGAGAUGAUACCGAUGAUAUGGAAGACUCUCCACUGUUUGGUUCGUUCAGUUCAUAUUCACCACAGUACAGGAAGCAGCAGAGCAUAACCGCUACCAGCAAUCAACCUCCCAUCGUUCCGCAGCUAGAACCGCUUGCGUCUCCGCUUUCGGGAUCCAACCUAUCAUCGACUCUGACCAACAAGGAAAAGCAACAGCUACCAUCUCUGUUCGAAGAUAGUUUCGAUAUACACCACCAGAAGCAGCAGCAACCGCCGAAGCUAGCCAGUGAUAUCAGUAAGCUUAUAAUUACACCGGAAUUGCGCAAAUUCAACAUCAACCCCUCGAAAUAUAAGAUGCCAUCAACACCCGAUCUGGACUACCUGCCAGAGUUGACCACACCCGAUCGUGAAGAUUUCAUUAGUCAUCUUAACCUACGACCGCACGUGCAGCACCCGGUAGCUACCACUCCGGAUACACCGGAAACGAACAAACGCUUCAGCGAUUUCUAUCCUCUCUCCUCCCUAAAACAGCUGUCGACUCCGGAGUCUUCUCAAACGGACAGCGACGACGUUUCGCCUCAGAUUCAACGCAAACGCAAGAUUGUCCAUAGUCGCGGAAUUCUUCCCAAGUUCUCUAUAUCCAUCGAAGACGAUCAGAGUGGUCACGAGACAUCAUCCUCCACGCCAUCCCAGGUUGUGGCAUCAUCUCCGUCCUCGUCGCUGAACAAUCUCAACAGUUCACGACACAUUGUCAAAAGCGCAUCGGCUCUUGGCCUAUCGCUAAUGACCUCAUCGGAUGAUUCUUCGACUGCGAUAACCACGAUCGGCGGAAGUGGAGCACGAGGAGGAGGAGGAGGAAUCAUGCACAACGUCACGACGACCGCCUCGAACCUAUCGUCUUCAUCCGGAUGCAGUACCGGCAUCACCUCGACAAUGCAUUCCGCCGGCAAUUGCUCGAGCACGGCCAGCUCACGUGAUACUUCUCCCUGUCGAGAACUGAGCCCUCUAGUCACUAAUCUUAAGCCACCGUUGAUCAUUCGAAGAGGACCCCGAGGAUUCGGUUUUACGGUGCACACGAUUCGAGUUUACUACGGUGAUACAGAUUUCUACACAAUGCAUCACCUCGUGAUGGCAGUGGACGAAGGCAGCCCAGCGUUCGAAGCCGGACUACGACCGGCAGAUCUGAUUACGCACGUUAACGGAGAAGCGGUACAAGGCCUUUACCAUACCCAGGUGCUACAGCUUUUACUGAGCGGAGCCGAGCUUGUUAGUUUGAGAGCUACUCCUCUGGAGCAUACCAGCAUUCAAAGUGGUGGAAGAAAACGUGAACCUUGGCAGAGUAAGUUCGCUAAGAAAAGUACCCACAGUCGGCGCAAGCAGAAAAAGGACAACGAAAAGAAGCGAAAAACUUCAUUAUUCCGACGAAUUAGUAGUAAGCGAGCCAGUGCCGAAAUGCAGCAGAUGGUAGCUGGAAUCCAAUCACCGACUUCGGUUCCUCCCAGCAGAAGCUUCCAAUCAUUCACCAGAUUCCAAGGCAGUCAGCCAAAUCUGGCAGUUGCUGCAAGCGCCCUACCAGCAACUAUCCAGCAGGUACCAACAACAUCGUUAACAGCAUCUCCCGUGAAUAGGCUAAGCCUUUCACCGCUGAACACGAUCAACGCUUACCAACCAACCCCGUCAUCAUCGCCAAGUACUUCCGCUCCAAGCACACCGACUGGAACGCUUACCUACAACGAAGGGGCUCCCCUGUACCAGCGGCCAUCUACACUGCAUGUGCUGAAACAUAAGCUUCACUCGUCGCCAUGUGCCAACAGUAAAGCCCUGCACUCAGCGGCAGCGACCGGUCGACCUAACCGACGGAAAUCCGCCGAUCACAUGCCACUCUCACCGCUGGCUAGAACCCCUAGUCCAUCGCCGUUGCCCGCAUCGCCAACGCGUUCCAGCAGCCCACUAGCGUUUCCGGUUGUUCAUCCUCUCGGAUCAUCCAACACCACCCAGUCUUACAGUCCUGGUGUAUUACCGUGCGCUUCCACCGUCCUACCGCAAACAAUAGUGCCAGGAAUCGUCACUAUCGGUGGCUCGCCUACGCCACCAACGACAAAGAAAGGUUUCCCUCGGGCAAAAACAGCUGAACCUAGCUCUCCGCUGCUCCGUCGUGCACUAUCCCCGGACCGGCUACAUCCACGGACCGCCGAAAGUAAGUGCGUACUUUCACCGCUCUGCUGCAAUACACCCCUGAAAACACCCCGUCAAGUGACCGGAAUCUGGCGAUCGAAUCAAAACUCCACCAUCACAACAGCAACGCCACCAUCGACCGUGGGAACGGUCCCGAAUGUCCCUCCGACAACUGCCGCCAUCUCAACGGGCACUGGUGGUUCCAUACCGGUCGUCGGUGGCAAUUCAGCGACUCUACAACCGACCGUCACGUCAUCGGCAUUGGCAGUGGUUACCAGUACCAACACCGUGGCAGCCAAGGUCGUUAAAUCCAGUCCACCGACGGCGAUCACAACGACCACAAUGGCCACCGCUCCAGCAGGACCAGCGACUGGGCACGGGAAAGGUAUCAACACUGGUCAACAAACGUCGCAGCAGCAGCAACAACAACAGUCUCUUUCUAGCAUGGUCGAUAAGAUGAGUGUUAAGGAUGCUCCCUAAAAAUACAAUGCAUGCUCCUGUUAGGGAUGAUUACAUAUUAUUGCAUCAAUCGGUUGCCUCUUAUUCAUCGUUUUCUUUUCCAUUUUUUUUUUAAACUAUAAAAAUGAACGCAAUAAAAAGCUUGUUUAUUAUUUGAUUUUUGUCUCAUGCUAGGGAAAAGAUUUACGAAGCACUGAUAAGGCACGGAUAGGUAUUCGAAUUUGUAGGCAAAGGUAUAGCUAGCGAAAAGUUGACAGCUUAGAGAAUGAGAUAGGCUAGAGUUGGAAAACAGGAGACACAAUUAUAUAUAUGGUCAUUAAAAAUAGUUGCACCGAACUUUGAAUGUAUAUGUUAGUAAGUUUGAGAUAUUGGAGCUGAGAAGUAUAAAAACCAAUUACAAUUUAUCGAGUUUAAGAAGUUCUAGUGUAACGAGAAGUAAUAAAAAAAGGAUUUAAAUUUGUGUGAUAUUUUUCAAGGAAAUAAAACUACGUAGGAUGUAAAAAUUAUAAUUUACAGGACAUAGCCACUAGGACAUAAUAAAACAUAAGUAUGCAAGUAACGCAACUUUGAACAGCAAAAAACGCUACUAAACGAUUUAUUCCCCGUAGUAUCGAACUAAAAAAUAUCCAAAUACACAUUGUUACAGACACACUAAAACAAAGCUAGGUUUUUUGUAGGCAACCGGAUCAAGUUUGACUGUUUUUUCGCCGAUAACAUCGAUUAGUUUCUCUCUGUUGAAACUGAUUAGGUUGUGGAGAAAAGAACAGAGCAGAGUACUACCGUGCGUCUCCGUCAAAAACGUCCUGGUGGAGACGCUAGGUUUUUCAACAAAUAUAUUUGGAACAGGAUAUUGAAUUUCGAUGCUUGUCAUUUUUUUCUCGAUUAUAGACCUUUAACGGAACUUUCAAUCUUAAACAAAAUAAAUUUAUUAUCGUUUUAUCAAUUCAAUGUACGGAACUAUGAAAAUUCUGCGAUACGCUAUAUAUUAGACCCUGUACGGAGAUAGAAGUAUCAUAAUCCAGUUCUGCUAAUUUCGACGAGACAAUCUAUCGGUUUCCAUUUCUAUCAUGUUUGUAAAGUUGGUAUCAGUUAUUUAUUGAUCAUUGUUAGUAUUGUCGCUACAUGCCUACGUGCAAAUUGGUGUUACAAUUCGGAACGCCACUGAGCGCAGAGGAAUCCGACCAGUAUUUUUUCAAGAUGUUUGAACCGGAGCGGAUGUGCAAAUCUUGAAAGAAGAAAUAUAGUUGAACGCGUAAAGUGCUAGCAGGCAAUUUAAAGCUUUUCAACCACAGGUCAACCAACGUAUAAUCUGGGUAGUUUAUCAUUGUUUCGGGAUUAUAUGUUCUGAGACAUUGAAACGAAGUUUGUCAAAUUUGUAGAUCUACUAUGUUGGUCUCUAUUCACUGGUCACCCACAUUCAAAGAACACGCGCAUUGAUUAAUGUAUCUAGUGCUGUGUGGUAAGCUGUCAAAAUGGCUACAAUCAUCAGUUUCCGUCAUCUACUGAAUAUUCCCUUUCAAUUGGUUUCGCUGUUUUGUAAUAGCCGAUAACUACCGAUACUGGAUUUUAAAAUGGCAUCAAUCAUCAUUUAUCGUCAUCCAUAUACAUUAUAACCUCGACUGUUUUGUGGAAAGUGAAAGCUGCCAUCUUGGAUUUCAAAAUGGCUUUAAACAACAAUUUUGUCAUGUCCUUUGCACCUUUUUCAUAUGACACCUAUAUCCAUUACUGCCUUAAGAUUUGUGAAGUGACACGGAAAAUUCCACUAGGAUGACGAUGGUCACUGAAAAUCACAUCUAAUGUGAUUUACGCAAUAUCUCUUCGUGAGUCACGUGACUAACAGGUGACGUGACGGCGAUUCAACUAACGUGGCCCUAUAUUAUCAAAGUGGGCAUCUUUAAAAAUUCCGUCAUAUGUUUUUAUCGGUUGUUUUCUGCUGCGAAAACUAAUUUUAGGUAAUUGUUUCUUACGGUGGACGAAAUACUUGCCAGGAUUACGAUAAAGCAAAUCUGUCACAACGAAUAAUCGACCAUUGUUUUUUUCUGCAGAAAAAAUUAUUGUUAUGUAACUAAUGAAUAAGGGGAGGUUCUCAUCAAAAAACAGUUUUUGGAUUCAAAAACUUACACUUUCGACUUUAUUUACAAAAAAAGAAAAACAAAAUAACGGAACACGUAUCCGCUGGUUGAUGCCAAUCGAUCUGACAUUUCUUUAGACCGAGCAAACUUUUGUUUAUUUGUUUGUUUAGUGUUUAUUUGACCAACUAGAAAACGAAUCCACUGGGUCUUUAAUACGUGUGGGAAAUACGCAUGAUCUUGUCUGAGUGAAUGACUUUUGAAUUAUGUAUGAGGGUGGAGAAUAUAUAAUGGUUUACUUUUAGUCCAUUAACUCAUCAGUCAAUUAUACUGGGCUAAGAAUAAGUACGUACUAUUUGAAAACGGGGGGUGUUUGAUUCGUGCAUGAUGUUAAUAUCGUUUAGGAACGCAGCAUUUAUAUUUUUUCUGUUUCGCGUCUUCAUUGUAAUAUCGCAACGUUUACUCGAACGAGGUGGAAAAUUUCAAGUUACGGGAUCUCAAUAUGCUUGUGAUUAUACCAAUAAGGACCAUUUAUAAGCUCUGUCACAUUAUUAGGAGGAAGAGAUAUGACUAAUUGAGACAUAAAUGGGAGGGGAGCACGUCAUGUGCUUUGACGCAAUCGGCCAUUUUACGCACGAUUGCGCCAUGUAUAUAGGAAAUUCCAUGGAACAUGAACACUUUUGCGAGUAUCGGCAUUAAUGUGCUACUACAAAAUGAAGGAAAAACUAAAAUUAUUUGAUUCGUAUUAGACCAAGGAUAAAAAUAACGUGGUAAUAUGACAGAGAGUGUUGGGUAAUCUUUGCGUGACAUAAUUUAUGAAUGGUCCACAAUACCACUUUUAAACUCAUUGUUUUCGAUGAAACAAUCUCGAUAAACGAUUAGCCAGAGCUUAAACGCCUAGAAGAUUUACGUAUCCUACAGUCAAUAAACUAUUCAAACAUGCACGAAAAUAUAUUCUCAGUCGCAUCGCUUGCUUGAAGCGAAUCCUGACUAAUAACCCACCAACUACCCAAUCCGUGGUACUUAUGGGAGUGUCACUGAGUCGGGCCCUUCCGUUAAGUAAGUACCACAUCAACACUUCCUUUCUCAUCCCAAGUUACGGUAAAAAUGGUCGUGGCCCGCAAGGGUGGCUCUCAGGCGAAAUUCUCGCUUGGACUGGAUCAAUUGUUAUUCCCAAACAAUGCUCCUCAACUAGUCUGGCUGGAAAUGAGAGUCAUCAGUCUGCAAUCUACGAAGUAUACCGUGCUUACGCAACGCAAAAAAUAAAAACAAAAUAACGCCCGUGGUGACAUUCUGCCUCAGAAUCAAUCUGAAACACAGAAAUAAUAAUGAGACUCUAAAGUAAACUAAUUUAUUGGAGUAAUUACCUAAGAAAUACUAAAAAACUUCAAAUUCGACGCCAUGGUGCGAUCUCAAACUUGGUCGACCUUUUAGCCCUUUUUUACGCUUUAAGGUUUCACUGAAAAUAGUGAAUACAAAUUAUUUGUAGCAUCGUACACAAUGUUCGCUCUAGUUCUGUGCUCAUGUUAAACCCACACUUCGCGUAUGAACUCGAACACACUAUUUCGUACCGAAAUACGUGCACAUGUUCGCCUGCAUGAACCCCAUGCACGUACACGGUGUGCGUACACAUUGGUUCGUGUCUCCAGUUUUCUCUUUCUCACUCUCAUCAUCACUGGCGUCGACUCUUUUUACCUUGUGCGAAUCGCUCUCGUAUACGCACCCGGUGUACGUACACGGAUGUUUGAAGUAGAGUUUGUACAUCGUUCGCUUGAGUUCGAUGUUCGAGGCGAACCUGUACAUCGAGACGAAGCAUGUUUGAAGUUGAACGCGUGCACGAAAUUUUGUACACAGGUACAAACUUGUUGAUGUUCAUUAGGGCAUCGCAAAAAAAACUUUUUUUUUUAAUUACCACCCCCCCCCCCUCUUAUUGUGACCAAUGUCAAAGUAAGCUCAGAUACCGAAUUUCAGAUCAUUUGGACAAUUUUAGACUCCCGCCCACUUCGCUUGAAAUUUUUAAAAUUGGUGCUAUGGAAAAAUAUAGCGGAAAAAUAUACUAAAUGCUAUAAUUUUUGAAGUAGCAAUCCAAAAAAUCCAAUUUAUACCUCUUUUUAAAGGAAAUGACCUAAGUCUUUUUCCUCUUACUAGAAAAAUAGGGAAAUGUGGGGUACUGGGUCAUUUUGGCCCCAAAAUCCCCUAUUUUUCAUAAUUUUUCUGCUUUGUGAUGCAAAUCAUACAUAUUUUGGAGUUUUUCUAAUGUGAACAAAUCUCAAAAAUCGAACGGAACAUUUUUGAUCUUUGUCCGAAUACGGGAAGUUGGGGUUAUAGCGCCUGUUGUCAUUAAUAUUAAAUUUUAUAAUUUUGUCGUGCAUAUUUCUCUAUUAUUCUUCAAUCAAUUCUCAUAAAUUGUCUCUUGUUAAACAUGAAAAAUCCUUAGGAACUUAUUUUGAAGUCAUGUUGCUUCUUUAGUUAAUAGCUUUUUUCAGCGAAUUCUCACAAACUUACAAUGUUCUACGAAUGUGUUCAGUAGAAGAAUACCUUUAGAAAUAUAUAGUGUUCUUAUGAAUUGAUUGAUAAGGUGGUUUUUUAAGAAUUUAUUUUAAAUUUUAACCGAUUUUCCAUACAAAUUUCCAUAUAAACUUUGAAAUUUUUGGAGGCUCCGAAAACACAACCGAUCGGUACCAAAAUUUGCACAAUUACUAAGGGCCAUAAAAAGAAUCACUAGAGCCUUGUGGAGCUAAAAGUCAAAAAUUGAACCAGUCUAAUGUCCACCCAAUAAUGGGGCAUGUCAUAAUUGUUAAGUCAAUUUCUUGUACGCAGCUCGUCUGGGUUCGAUUCCAAAUCCCCCUUCUCUCCCCCGCACAGAUUUAAUUAGGAAUUUUUCAAAUUCGUAAAAGGCGAAUAACCCUAUAAUCGAAACAAAUGUUGCACCCGUCUGGGCUUGCACACGUGAGCAAACAUCUGCACGGACUUUCCCCUUUCAUUUGAAACUAAGAUCAAAAUGAUCCGUCGGGGGGUCCAGAGCAAAUUUUUUUUUCGUAACAAUAUUGGUUUUACUACUCGAGCUAGUUCAUAUUUCUGUCUCUAGAUGGUGCUUUAGACAUUCGAAAAACACUAAAUGUGAGAAUUUGAUAGAAAAUUUAAUUGUCUACAAGUUUGACAACUAAAAAUUGAUCUGAAAUCACCCGGAAAAGUUGUUUAAGAUUUUAACGAAGUUAUAUCUAAGAUAGUUUCACACGAGGCCUAGUGGUUUGGAAAUAUAUUUCCUCUCACUUAUUUCACUACCAACAAAAUAAUUGGGUUUAGUGACAUGAAAAUAUUUGACAGGAUUCAUUACAACUUCUUCGUUGACAAUUCCUAUUGACCUUCUGAAAAUUAGGAUGUUUACAGCGACAGAAAACUGUCGUAACUGCCGGAACUGCGGCGUAAUUUGUAGUCUUCCUCCCGUUGGGUCGAGUCGCCCUCCAUCACUCCUUACCAGAAAGUUUCUGAUUUAACUCUUUUUAUUAUGGAAAAUAUCUAACUCAAAUUCUUAGUUUCUGAAGGAAAAUUACGAAUUUAAAUUUCUUAAGGAAAAUUUCAAAUUUCUGGGCUGGCUACCCACCGGUAAGUAGCUCGUUUGCACACUCGAAAGUGAUUGCUCCUAGCAACCGCGUAAGGUAUGCUUUUUUCCGCGUACUAGAAUGCGCGUCGCUGAUAAUCGCUUGGUUAUUUGGCCGGUUGUUCCAAGCAACCGCGAAGGGCACGCUGCUUCUCGUGAAUUGCUGCGCGUCGCUCGAGGGUGGUUGCUCCUAGCAACUGAAACGGGUGCGCUGGUUCCCGCGAACUGCUGUCGCCUACUAUUCAUCUCUUGAUGGUUGCUGCUCCUAGUGAUGUCUUUUUUUACUCGAUUAACGCAAAUAAUCGAUUAAUUUCUAAAAUAAUCGAAAAAUCAAUAAUCGAUUACAAGCUUUCGGUAUAAUCGAGUAAAUCGAGUAGCUGCUAUCAAUUAAUCGAGAGCAUAAUUAAUGAAGGGUGGCAUUGACAAUGAAUAUCACAGAGCAAACAAAAACUUCUCCAAAUUUUUCAAAAUGUGUCGAGGGACCUUUUUUUUUUGGUUGACAAACUAGGAUUUAGUAAGUACCGUAAAACGGGGUAUCUUUGAUAACCGGGGUAAGUUUGAUCAAAUAAGAAUUUUUUAACGUGCGAUAAGAUGAUUCCCUCUAACAAAAUCAUCGAAACAAAAAACAAACCGUAUUCUAAACAUGUUCAGCAUCUAACAGUAACGAUUAUUUUGUCUUUUCAUGUACUAUUUAUGAGCACAACUUCAAACUGAAAAUGAUACAACUCUUAUGCAUCAUUUCAAUCUGUUCGAACAAUACCUUGUAUACUAAUGAAAUUAGUCAACUUCAACUAAACUGAUAUUUUUUUUAGAAAACGCAAAUAUUGUUGUCCAAUAAUUCAUUUCAAAAAUCCGAGAUUUUCGUUGUUAUCUAUUUCAUUUCGAAUAUUUCUCUAUAAAAGUUCAAUAAAAGCCAACUGAAUCCUUCUAGGCAAUUUUGUUCUCGUUCGAGACGUCACAAUAUCGGGCCAUGAAAUUGCCUACACAUAUGCAAUUUACAGAACAUUUCAAGCGUUAUCUCUCAUUUCGAUAGACAUAUUUUGUUGAUCAAAGUUACCCCAAAAGCAACGAAUGAAAAUUUACAACAAAGUAAUCUUAUUUUUAUAGUAAAACACUAUACAAUACCCAACUAUUUGAACAUUUUCAAUCUAUGAUUAUCAGUACUUGUUUAUAAAAUGAAAACAGUUUCAAGUAGAUGCUUGAAAUGAAGAGUUAUUCGAAAAACUUUGGAAAAAGUUAUCAAUGUUCCCCUGUUUUACGGUAAUCGAUUAUUGAUUUUAAUCGAUUAUCUUGGUCGAUUAAUCGAAUGAAUUAAUCAAGCUCUCAAAAAUUAUUCGAUUAACGGAUAAUCGAUUAUUUGCAAAAAUCAGACAUCACUUGCUCCUAAGUGCGCAAUCUAGCUCGGUUUCCUCGCACUGUCUUUUGGGGUUGGGAGAGUUGUCGCGUUCGCUUCGCCGUCCGAAUGUAGAAUGGGCUUGGGUCCCGCAUACCACAGACUUUAUAGCUGUUCGGUCUCAUGUUUGGAUGGUUGCCCAUGACAACCAUGCGUCUCGCAUACCAUCAAACUUGUUGGCCAAUAGUUUGAGCGGACUGACUUCCCUCAGGAAAUUAUAGAAUUCGUGUCAUUGACACACCUCGGCUUUGGCUUACGGAUUACCAAUGCUUAUUAGAAUUUGUUCUGUAAUAUUAUUAACAACCACUUUUUGUUUCAAAUUUUAUUCAGUAACAAAUAUAUUUUUUAAAUUUAAUUACUACUACUCCACAAAAACUAUUUGUGCUUUUGGUUCAAGUUUGUAAUCUUUCCCGAAAGGUUCGAAGCAACUACCAUUCAUCGGAAGGUAUUGCUUGGUUACAAGGGUUUGCUAACAUUUAUGUUUUAGAAAGGACCAUACGUCGCAUAAUUUAGGUUAUGAUCGUUUAAGUCAGCUAUUAUAAUUCUGUUCAAGACGAAAUGUUGGGACACACAGUUUAUAAUUGAACGCAAACCACAGAGGUAACUGUCCAAAUUAGUGGUUAGCGUGAAACGAUUUAUUCAAUUUUUUUCCGCAAAGUAUAUUGUGGCAGUUGGAUUUUACGGCGAUUUCCCGUCAAUUAUGCGAGAAAUCGUUAAUAAAUUGAUCCUAGAUUAUGCGAAAUGCAUUACUUUUGAAAACAAAAUAUGAUUUGAGUACAAGAAAAACCUUAUGUACAUACAAAUCCACGAAUAUAUCCCAAAAAAAAAUUAUCUUGAUCCAAAAACUCAAAGUUUUUUGUUCACUGUUUGUCACAUUGAGUUAAUUUUGAAAAAGAUAAUCAGCGUUUUUAACCAAGCAUUGCAAUGAAAUUCGCGAAACAUGGCAAUGGUGUUAACAGUUUCAUUGAGGUUGUUCAAAUAUAAAGAUUGAAGUUCAGGACAAGUGAAUUUUAUACGAAGAUGCUAACAAAGUAGGAGGUUCAUGCAAGAAUAGUUAUCAGUCAUCCCCGAGAACAAUCGAAAAAAUGAAAAAGAAGGCAUGCAUCAUUGAAAAAGCUGUUUCUGCGGGAGGAAUCACUCACCAUCUUGGAAAAGAAUAUUAAUAUCGUACUAGUUUGGUCAACACUUAUCUAAAACUUUUCAUUCCAAAAAUAUUAAUGGUGCGCUAUAUCAGGUGGAAUCUGGAAUUAUAAUUUUCAGCUAAAAGAUGAGACUUUCCAAACUCUCAAAUUCCGCUGAAUACUGUUCAACUAAACACAGUUAUUUGGCAAAUGAAAAAAGUGCGUGUGAAUUGACUUACAAACCACUAGGGUUUCUGUAAAACUAACUUAGAUAUACACUUCGUUAAAAUAUUAAACAACUUUUCCGGAUAAUUUCAAAUCGGUUUUUAGUUGUUAACAAAGUUGUAGACAAUAACAUUAUCUAUCAGAUUCUCACUUUUACACCCAAAAUCCGACGGGCAUGUUUCUAUUACUUUUGGGUAAGAUUCUAUUGUCUUUUCGGUAACCGACCACGCAAUUGCGCAUUGCGGUAUUAAACUCAUAUUCCCGCAAAGGUAGUAAACGGUGGAAUGACGAAUUUCGGUUGCUGUUCAUGUAUGCGUAUCACACAAUCAAACACUUUUUCAGUAUGUGUCAACCUCGGCUCUGUUCGGAUGUAGUAUAAUUCGGUCGUAUGCUAUGAUAGUAUUAGUACCGAGCUAAACCAACCGGAAUCCUGGUAGAUCUCUGACCAAAUUCAGGCUGGAAUCUGGCCCAAUAUUGGCAGAAACCAGCCAGAAUUACGAAUUUUUUACUGGGUAGGUUGGAUAGUGGAAUAAAAAGUUUAGUCGGUUUCCGGAUCCGGCCUAGCUGCCAGAUCCGAACCAGUGCCCAAAUCCGGACCUCCCGGAUCCAGACCAGUGCCCAGAUCCGAAAUUCCAAACCAGUGCCCGGAUCUGGACCAGUACCCGGAACCGGACCAGUACCCGGAUCUAGCCCAUCCCCCUUUCCUUUUACCAAGUCCGGACCUGAACCAGACCCAGACCUGGUGCUUAGAUCAAGACAAGUGUCUGGAUCUGGACCCUCGGUUCGGAUACGUGGAUCCAAACCAUAGGUCUUGCUUCCCAUGCAUGACGGGAAGGACCAUUCAUGUUUUGUGCAGUCGCUACCUUGCUGUUAACGUCCGUGAUAGAAAAGAAAUUUCAAUUUAACGCCGGCCGAAGUACCCAUCCACUAUUCCGAAUCGUUUUUUUCUGACUGCGCUUUGAAUCUAGCCGAGUGUGAGCCGAUCUUCAAAUACACCGAGGAAAAAGAACUUAAGAAUUUCAUAAGUUUCGACUUAUGACCAUGUACAAUUUUGAUUCCAUUAGAUGCUUAUGCAUUACAUAAGCAUGUAUAUGAAUUUCAUAAGUUCGCCUUAUAAAAUUCAUACAUGUGUCCUAAGAUUAUUAUAAAAAUAUUAUUAUGAAAAUGCCAUAAGCCAUUGUUAGAUUUAGUUUUGAUAUGGUGCUCUGCUUUAAAAAAUGUAAGUAUUUUUUUGUUAAAUGAUUAUUGCCUCAUUUUUACAUUUCUUACAAAAGAAAUGUAUAGGAUUCGCUCAAACUUUGAAAACUUUUUCCGAGGCCCGGAGGGCCGAGUCUCAUAUACCAAUCGACUCAGCUCGACAAAUUGAGACAAUGUCUGUAUGUGUGUGUGUGUGUGUAUGUGUGUAUGUGUGUAUGUAUGUAUGUACAAAAUGUCAUGUAAUUAUCUCAGCAAUGGCUGAACCGAUCUUAAUGAAAUUAGUUUCAAAUGAAAGGCCUAACGUUGCCAUUUGACACUAUUAUUUUUGAUUUUCGAUAUGUUGUUUAUUUUCUGAGAUAUGAACGAUUUUGUCAAAACACAGCAGGUUUUUUGCAAAUAACUUUCGAACAAUACAAUAUUGUCCCACAAACUGCAUAUAAAUAGAAAGCUUGUAAAAAUACCUUUCUAACAAGCUGUAGAUUGUCUAAAUCCUUGCACGAGCGGCGGAGAUAUUAGACAUUUUGUACUUUUAGUCCUCGCUUACCAAUUUCCACUAAUUAAAAAUGAGAUUGUUUCAUACAGAGCAUUGCUUUACUGGUGUUUUAGGGGCAAAACUAAACCGAUUUUGAAUAUCGGGGUAUGAAAACACAUCUACGUGAUUCAAGGAAUUCGAUGUUGAGAACAUUUUGUGAAUUACCUUUAUAAUAAAUGAACUAUUUCUCAAAAAUCAAUAUAUAAGUUCACUUCAAAGACAAAAUAAUGUGUUGAUAAAGAAACAGUGAGUUCUAGAAUUUAUUCCUUGGAUUAGGCAUUGCGUUCAAUCAUGAGGUAAAUGUUGGAUGGUAUAUCAAUACACAGAUCAACAAGUAAUUCACAUAGUAGUGAGAAAAAAGAUUUCUAAUAUAAUUAUACUUGUGGCGUCACCGAAAGCAACUGUAUGUUUGAAGUCCAAAAAUCUAGCGAAAAUUUAGCUCUUUUGCAAGAUUUAGGUUAUACUGGUUAUGGCGCAAAAAUUACUACUUACAUUAUUUAUGAUAAGAAUGUAAGAAUCAAUAUAUCAUAAUAAUAUGCCUAUAAAAAUAAUGUCACUGCAUUAACCAUCAUUUGCCAUGCCUCACACGCCCCCCCCCAUCUCUCUCUCUCUCUCUCUCUCUCUCUCUCUUUCUCUCUCUGUCUCUCUUCUAUCGCAUCUAUCUAGCUAUUUCUGUAUGCAUUUCUAAGUUGUGUGAUAAGAUCUUCUGCCAAUCUGAAAUAUUUAUUAAUUGUAAUUGCGAAGGUUUGAGAAAACAAAACUAUUUUUUGUCUGCUGCUACAUCAACUCAACUUUAAUUCAAUUGCAUUCAAAGCCUGUAUCUACAUUAUAAUUAAGGAAAUUCAUGGCUAUAUCAGAAAAAUAUUUGGCUUAACUGGGUAAUAUGAAAGUUUGACGAUGGAAAUUUUAAAAAGAGACAUUCCACGUGCGAUAUUUAAACUAUUCGUAUCUCUAUUGAAUUUUGAAUGAAAUAUAUGCUAAAAGACUGAAAGCUGAAGCCAGCAGGAUUGGAAUUGCCAUCAACAUUUCGAAGACAAAAUACAUGAGAGGAAGAGGUUCUAGAGACGACAAUGUGAACCUCACACCCGAGUUCGGAUUGACGGUGACGAAAUCGAGAUGGUCGACGAAUUAAUGUAUUUGGAUUCACUGGCAACCGACGACAAUGAUAACAGCAGAGAAAUUCAGAGACGGAUCUUAGUGGGAAAUCGUGCCUACUUUGGACUCUAGAGGACACUCCGGUCGAACAAAAUUCGCCGCCGCACGAAGUUGAUUAUCUUCAAGACGCUGAUUAGAUCGGUGGUCCUCUACGGCCACGAGACCUGGACUAUGCUCGUGGAGGACCAACGCGCCCUUGGAGUUUUCGAACGAAAGGUGUUGCGUACCAUCUAUGGUGGCGUGCAGAUGGAAGACGGAACGUAGCGCAGGCGAAUGAACCAUGAGUUGUAUCAGCUGCACAUUCGUUGUAUUGGUACGAACUUUCAUGAAAAAUAACGGAUCAAAGACCAAAAAUAUCCACAAAUUAGAUCCAGGAAAAGAAGUCUCCCAAAGUACUCACUAUCGAUGGGGGAUGCAACUACAAUGUGUCUUCUAACUGAUCGUCGUCCAUAUUUGGAUAUACUGAGUAGUUUGAACCAUUUCUUUUUCACAAUAUUGGUCUGUAUAGGACUCAUUUAUCCAUAUUUCCUGCACGAGAAUUCCGAACGAAACAAUACAAACACGGCUUUUAUGCAAUCGACAUAGCCUAGACAUUUCACACUAUUUACUUCAAAUAAAAACUUUGAAAUAUCUACCUGUCUCAUUCACGAAUCGCAUUCUCCCUCUGUCGUUCUCUGUUCAAGGGGCUUGAAAGCACAUGUGACCUUGUCUCACUUUACUAUAUUCAAUUGCGCGUUAAAAUACUGGACCAGUAAAUUCUGUUCUGCACAUAAAUCUUUUUUCGGGAAUAUGUGACCAAAAAGUAAACUUCGAAUUCGUCAAGUAAAGAAGCAUGAAAACAAAAAGAAUAAAACCAAAAAAAGAUGGAAGCCCUAGAAAGUCCAUUGCAUAUUUAUUAGUCUUUUCUCAGAAGAUGGGAUUUUCAAAAACAUUUCAAAACUUUCUGAUGCAAUGGUUUUCAAAUUCGUACAAUCCGGUUUAUUCAUUUUCUUUAUUCAAAAAUGUUUUUGGCUUCAAAUAUAUGACCAUUUCAUUUUAAUUAAUUAUUUCAUUCCGCAUUUAUUCGUUUUGUUCAUCUGCGUUCAUUUUACUUAUUUUAUUCGUUUCAUUCUUUGGAAUCACUCUGAUCAGUUUAUUCUUUUUGUGCAUUUUACUCAUAUCAUUCA